AUGGAGAUUACACGCAGAGAGAGAGAGAGAGAGAGAGAGAAGAAAAUGAAGUUAUGGAGGAGAGGGUUGCUUUUGGUGUUGGUUAUGAUGUUUUCGCAGGGGAAGGAAUCAGAGGGACAGUUAGUAGAAAACUUCUACAGCGCUAGUUGUCCAAAUGUUGAAUCCAUAGUGAACCAGGCAGUCUCUCGGAAAAGAGAUCAAACGAUUAUCACACUCGCAGCGACUCUGCGAUUAUUUCUCCAUGACUGCUUUGUUGAGGGAUGCGAUGCGUCGAUCAUUAUUGCUUCGCCAAACGGGGACGCAGAGAAGAAUUUUGCCGAUAAUCUUUCAUUAGCAGGAGACGGGUUUGACACCGUGAUCAAGGCAAAGCAAGCAGUGGAAGCACAAUGCCCUGGCGUCGUGUCUUGCGCUGACAUUCUGGCUGUCGCCGCCCGUGACUGUGUAGUCCUUGCAGGAGGCCCUUCAUUCCCCGUGGAAUUGGGACGCCGCGAUGGACUCAUCUCGAAAGCUUCUCGUGUGGCUGGGAACUUGCCAGAACCGACCUUUAAUCUCAACCAACUCACCACCAUGUUUGCCAAACACAAUCUUUCCCUAACCGAUGUCAUUGCGUUGUCCGGAGCACAUACUCUUGGCUUUUCACACUGCAAUCGCUUCUCAGACCGCCUCUACAACUUCUCGCCAUCCUCUACUGUCGACCCUUCCCUGAAUCCUGACUACGCCAAGCAGUUGAUGGCAACCUGCCCCAUAGCGGUAGACCCCAACAUUGUCAUGACCUUGGACCCUGACACUCCCUUCACAUUUGACAACGCUUAUUACAGAAACUUGGUUGCCGGGAAAGGGUUGUUGAGUUCAGACCAGGUUCUAUUCUCUGACUCUGCAUCUCGGUCUACUGUCCUCAAUUUCGCUAACAACGCAGAUAACUUCAACGGAGCGUUUGUCACCGCCAUGAGGAAGCUCGGAAGGGUCGGCGUCAAGACUGGUAAUCAAGGGGAGAUCAGGAGAGACUGCACCACCUUCAAUUCAUGAGAUAGCAGGAUUCCAUGUUGUACGUAGAGCUGUCAAUAGAUCAGAUUUUGGUUCAAUCCAAUACGAACCCAAUAAUCCGAUUAAUAACAAGCUACAUCGGUUCAAUCUAAAUCUAAUUGUUAAUGUU